CAGAAAGUAGGGUAUUUUUGAAUAAUACUGGAUUUAGUGGCAUUGUGCUUCGAAACAUGUUUUGAUGGAUCGAUGUUGUAGAACAAAUGUGCUAAUAAUUGCUAUAAACAUUAUCUGAACACAUUGAGAGUGAUUACAUAGGAAACGAAGGAGAGGGGUUAUAAGGUGCAUUCGCUCUAUGCUUACAAGAUGUUCCCAAUCAGACAGCCAAGAUUCCAAUUGGUGUACAAUGAGAGAUUUAAGCCCACUGCCUUUGAGAUUGAGUUCUCUGUCGAUCCUGUUAGUUUUAAGGAGAUCUGAGGGUGUAUAUAAUUA